AUGGCAGCAGUAGACACCACUGCAAAAGCUUUGGAGGCCGUCACUACCGAGAAGAGAGAUAGCCUCGUAUCAAUCGAGAAGAAAUACCAAGCACAAUGGCAAAAGGACCGCAUUUUCGAGCCAGACGCGCCCUCGACGACCGAAGUACCCCUCCACUCCAUCUCCGCCGCCGCUCUGCGCGAGAAGGUCCCCAAAUUUUUUGGAGUCAUGGCAUAUCCUUAUAUGAACGGUACUCUACAUGCAGGACACACCUUCACAGCCAGCAAAAUCGAGUUUACCGCCGGUUUUUCCCGGAUGCAAGGCAAGCGGACUCUGUUCCCUCUUGGUUUCCACUGCACGGGAAUGCCGAUUAAAGCUUGUUCCGACAAGCUGAUAGACGAGGUGAAGAUGUUUGGGCAAGAGUUUGAGAGAUACUCGGAUGAGGAGGCGUUGAAUGACAAGACAAAUGCACCCCCAGCGCCGAGUCAGCACCACGAGGAUGUCACGAAAUUCACGGCGAAGAAGGGCAAGGCGGCGUCGAAGGUCGUCAAGAUGAAAUAUCAGUUUCAGAUCAUGCGCGCACUCGGUAUUCCAACACAGGAAAUCCACAGAUUUUCUGACCCCCAGUACUGGUUAGAGUUCUUUCCUCCUCUCUGCAAACAAGAUCUCACGAAUUUCGGAGCACGAAUCGAUUGGCGGAGAUCGUUUGUCACUACUGAUGCGAAUCCGUACUAUGAUGCUUUUGUUCGGUGGCAGAUGAACCGCCUCAAGGAGUUGAAGAAGAUCAAGUUUGGGAAAAGAUACACAAUCUACUCACCCAAAGAUGGCCAACCAUGUAUGGACCACGACCGUAGCGAGGGAGAAGCUGUUGGACCCCAAGAAUACACGGCUAUUAAAUUAAAAGUUAAGGAAUGGGCACCUGAAGCUGGUGCCGAGAUCAAGGGCAAGGUGCCUGAAGGCGCAGAUGUCUUCUUCGUACCAGCUACUCUGAGACCGGAGACGAUGUACGGACAAACCUCAUGUUUUGUUGGACCGAAGAUCAAAUAUGGUGUUUUCAAGGUUUCAGAAUCCGAAUUCUACGUUAUCACUGAUCGAGCUGCGCGGAAUAUGGCAUAUCAGGGCAUCUUCCCCAAAAACGGUGUUGUCGACAAGGUUGCAGAGGUUCUUGGUUCGUCUUGCGUCGGUACACUUGUUGUUGGUCCGCUUUCUGUUCACAAAGAGGGCUUCAGAAUUCUUCCCAUGGAAUCCGUCCUUCCUACAAAGGGUACAGGAGUUGUCAGUUGUGUACCUUCAGACAGUCCGGAUGAUUUUGCUACGAUUACAGAUCUCGCGAAAAAGGCGGAAUAUUAUGGCAUCAAGAAAGAGUGGGCUGAGUUGGAGAUUGUCCCAAUUAUUGGCACACCUUCCUAUGGUGAUCUUGCUGCUCCUUUCCUUGUGAAGAAAUUCAAGAUUGCCUCGCCGAAAGAUACAAAGCAGCUCGAGGAAGCAAAGGAACUUGCAUACAAGGAGGGAUACUAUCAGGGUAUCAUGAAGAUCGGUGACUUUAGCGGCGAGAAGGUCGAGGUUGCCAAGCCAAAGGUCCGUCAGCAGCUUAUUGACUCUGGUGAGGGUUUCGCAUACUCAGAACCGGAGAGAAAGGUUGUAAGUAGAUCAGGGGACGAUUGCUGUGUUGCUUUGAUGGAUCAGUGGUAUCUUGAUUACGGAGAGGAUUCAUGGAAGGCGGUUGCGUUGAAGUUUGUUGGGAAUGAGGGCGGCAAGGGCUUGAACACUUUCUCGCAGGAGACAAAGAAUGGAUUCGAGGGUGUGCUGAAUUGGCUCAAUCAGUGGGCUUGUGCGCGAACAUACGGUCUUGGUUCUAAGCUUCCUUGGGAUCCUCAAUUCUUGGUUGAGAGUUUGAGUGAUAGUACCAUUUAUAUGGCCUACUACACCAUUGCUCAUUUGCUUCACAAGGACAUCUUCGGCAAGACCCCUGGAUUGGCUGGUAUCAAACCUGAACAGAUGAAGGAUGAGGUGUGGGAUUACGUCUUUGCUCGACGAGAGUUGAGUGAUGAAAUUCUCACGGAGAGCGGUAUCUCAAAGGAGACACUUGGUUCGAUGAGACGAGAGUUCCAAUACUGGUAUCCGUUGGAUCUCAGAGUAUCCGGCAAGGAUCUCAUUCCCAACCAUCUCACUUUCUUCAUCUACAUUCAUCUCGCGAUCUUUCCUCCAGAAUACUGGCCCAAAGCAGUCCGUGCAAACGGUCAUUUGCUUUUGAACGGAGAAAAGAUGAGUAAAUCCACCGGCAACUUCAUGACUUUAGACGAUAUGGUCAGAAAAUACGGCGCAGACGCAAGCCGAAUCGCCCUAGCCGAUGCAGGCGACGGAGUCGCAGACGCCAAUUUCGAAGAAGAUGUUGCAGACAACAACGUGCUCCGCCUCUUUACCCUUCGCGAGUGGUGUGAGGAUCAAGUCAAAGACCAAGCCUCCCUGCGCUCUGGCCCCAAAAACGAUUUCCUCGAUGCGCUUUUUGAGAACGAAAUGAAUUCCCUGGUUCACGAAGCUUACACGCAUUAUGCGGAUACGAACUACAAACUCGCGCUCAAAUCCGCACUUUACGAUUUCACAUCCGCGCGAGACUUCUACCGCGAAGCUAGCGGUGCUGCGGGGAUCAAAAUGCAUAAGGACCUCAUCUUUCAAUACAUCGAGCUGCAAGCUCUUCUCCUCACAGUCAUCGCUCCUCAUUGGGCAGAAUACAUUUGGCUCGAAGUCCUCCAAAAGCCCUCCACUGUCCAAAACGCGCUCUGGCCUCAGGUCCCCGCAGCCAACCCUGCGUUGUCCGCAGAAAGAGAAUAUGUACGUAAUACAAGCAGCAACGUAACCAGUGCAGAGGCAGCGCAGCAGAAGAAGAAGGCGAAGGGUAAAGAUAUCGGUUAUGAUUUGAAGAAGCCGAAGAAACUCUCUAUCUUCGCCGCGGCGAAAUUUCCAGCGUGGCAGGAAAAGUACAUCGACCUUGUACGCGAGGCGUGGAACCCGGAUACUAAGACUGUGAAUGACAAAGAGCUCAAUGGCAAGAUUGCGAAGAUGGGAGAGAUGAAGAAGGCUAUGCCGUUUGUGCAGGGCUUGAAGAGAAGACUUGUUGGUGGAGAAUCCCCUCAGCAUGUCUUUGAGCGAAAGUUGGCAUUUGAUGAGCUGAAGACUUUGGGGAAUAUGGUGCCUGGGUUGAAGAAGGCGGCGGGACUCUCGGUGGUGGAUAUUGUGGAGGUUGCGGAAGGGGGGAAGAGCGGAAAGGUUGUCGGGGGUGGGAUUAGGGAAGGGUUGCCGGGGAAUGCGGAGAGUGCUGUACCGGGGGUGCCGACUUUUCAUUUUGAGAAUGUGGAGGGUUAG